AUGGCAGCUUUCAACCUCACCCCUUCUGACCCUUCAACAUUCAUCUUAAUGGGCAUCCCUGGGCUAGAAGCUGCUCACAUCUGGAUUUCCAUCCCUUUCUCUAUGUUGUUUGUAAUUGGCCUGUUGGGAAAUUUCAUGCUUCUUUUUGUUGUAAGCAAAGAACAGACUCUGCACAAGCCGAUGUACCUGCUACUCUGCAUGCUGGCACUUACAGACAUUGGCACAUCUACCUCCGUCGUGCCGAAGGCACUGUGUAUAUUUUGGUUCAAUUUGAAAGGCAUUACUCUGGGUGGCUGCCUCACCCAGAUGUUCUUCCUUCAUGCAGUUUCUAUUAUGCAAUCAGCCGUCCUCGUGACAAUGGCCUUUGAUCGCUAUGUUGCCAUAUGUAACCCUCUGAGAUACACCACCAUCCUCACCAAUGCACGAAUAGCUAAGCUAGCGCUAGUGGGUUUGAUAAGAGCUGUUCUCUUCAUUCUGCCCCUGCCCCUGCUCCUGAGCAGGCAUCCAUUCUGUGCCAACCGCAUUAUCCCCCACACGUACUGUGAGCACAUGGCUGUGGUGAAGAUGUCAUGUGGGGACAUCACAGUCAACAGGAUGUAUGGCUUGGUGAUAGCAUUUGUAGUUUUAGGGUUAGACCUAAUGCUCAUUGCCCUGUCCUAUGGUCUGAUCCUCAGGGCCAUCCUCAGAAUCUCCUCCAAGAAAGCCCACGAGAAAGCCCUCAACACCUGCACAGCCCACAUCUGUGUGAUGUUGAUGUCUUAUCCUCCCUUCUUCUUUUCCACUCUGACACAUAGGUUCGGUCAGGGCAUCAAUCCCCACAUUCAAAUUAUGUUGGCCAACCUCUAUUUCCUCCUCCCCAACAUGCUCAACCCUAUCAUUUACGGGGUUAAAAACAAAGAACUUCGUGAGAAAGUGGUCAAAUGCACUUCCAGAAUGUGUUCUCUCUGGGGCCACUGA